AUGGAGACAAGUCCACCCCCAAAUGUGACGGAGGCCAUGCAGGUGACAUCUACAGGACCACAGACCGUCCAGAAGGCCCAAGGAGAGACUUUCCAGUUGGGGUGCACCUACACGCCCGGAGUCCAAGACACGGGUGAGUUGGACAUCGAGUGGUCCAAGCUCAGCCCAGACAUGACGCAGAAAGACCGGCUGAUCUUGGCCUACGCUGGAGGCCAAAUGAUCAACUAUGACUCCAGCCUGUCCAAAAGGCUGAGCCUGGUAGGAGACCUCAAGCAGGGGGACGCCUCCAUCUCUCUGGCGGAGGUGAGGCUGGCGGACACGGCCACCUAUCAGUGCAAGGUCAAGAAGGGUCAGGGUGUGGACACCCGCAAAGUCACUCUCGUGGUGAUGGUCCCCCCCUCGGAACCAAAAUGUUGGGUUGACGGCAAGGAGGAGAAAGGUGCUCCAGUCUCCCUCCGCUGCAAAUCCUACCAGGGAUCCUCGCCUCUCACCUACACCUGGAGCAGAGAAAGCGGGGGGGCGAUGCCGCCCGUCCAGGCGCUGGAUGUGGAAGCGGCGCAGAGCGGGGAGUUGCUGAUCAAGAACCACUCCAACAGCUACGUUGGAACUUACCUGUGCGAGGCCAGGAACCCCGUCGGCAAGAUGCAGUGCAGAUAUUCACUGAAGGCACACAACCCCACCGAUAAAGUGGGCGUGAUCGUGGGUGCGGUGAUCGGCGCUCUGCUGCUCCUGCUCCUCCUCCUGCUCCUCAUCUGGCUCCUGGUCUGCUGCUGCCGCAGACGUCGCUACGAGAAAGAGGUCGCAAAUGAAAUCAGAGAGGACACCCGGGCCCCAGAGAGCCAGCCCCCCAGCAGAAACUCCAGCUACCGCUCAGUGCUGGGCUACCGAACCCACCAGGGGGUGUCCUACAGCUCCGUGGGGAACCGCCUGCCCAGUCUCAACAGCAACAGUGACAAGGGAUCGGCGGGGGGGAGGCGGCUUUCUCCCCUCAAAUAUGACAGUCGCUAUGGUUACCCCGUGUAACCACGACUCAUGCACUUGAUGAACUUAUGGGAAUGAACUCGAGCUUUUAGCAGCACUUCUUGCCGGGAAAACUGCAGCAUGUUUAACACGAGGAUGGUGGCGCCUUUUUUUAAAUGUCAUAGUCAUCAUGCACUGUAACAUAUACUCAAUGUGACUAUGAACAUUAUAUAUAUAUACUGAAUGUGACUAUGAACAUUAUAUAUAUAUAUACUGAAUGUGACUAUGAACAUUAUAUAUAUAUAUACUCAAUGGGACUAUGAACAUUAUAUAUAUAUACUGAAUGUGACUAUGAACAUUAUAUAUAUAUAUACUCAAUGUGACUAUGAACAUUAUAUAUAUAUACUCAAUGUGACUAUGAACAUCAUAUAUAUAUACUCAAUGUGACUAUGAACAUUAUAUAUAUAUACUGAAUGUGACUAUGAACAUUAUAUAUAUAUAUACUCAAUGUGACUAUGAACAUUAUAUAUAUAUACUCAAUGUGACUAUGAACAUCAUAUAUAUAUACUCAAUGUGACUAUGAACAUUAUAUAUAUAUACUCAAUGUGACUAUGAACAUUAUAUAUAUAUACUGAAUGUGACUAUGAACAUUAUAUAUAUAUACUCAAUGUGACUAUGAACAUUAUAUAUAUAUACUGAAUGUGACUAUGAACAUUAUAUAUAUAUACUCAAUGUGACUAUGAACAUUAUAUAUAUAUACUCAAUGUGACUAUGAACAUCAUAUAUAUAUACUCAAUGUGACUAUGAACAUUAUAUAUAUAUACUCAAUGGGACUAUGAACAUUAUAUAUAUAUACUGAAUGUGACUAUGAACAUUAUAUAUAUAUACUCAAUGUGACUAUGAACAUCAUAUAUAUAUACUCAAUGGGACUAUGAACAUUAUAUAUAUAUACUCAAUGUGACUAUGAACAUUAUAUAUAUAUACUGAAUGUGACUAUGAACAUUAUAUAUAUAUACUCAAUGUGACUAUGAACAUUAUAUAUAUAUACUGAAUGUGACUAUGAACAUUAUAUAUAUAUACUCAAUGUGACUAUGAACAUUAUAUAUAUAUAUACUGAAUGUGACUAUGAACAUUAUAUAUAUAUACUGAAUGUGACUAUGAACAUUAUAUAUAUAUACUGAAUGUGACUAUGAACAUUAUAUAUAUAUACUGAAUGGGACUAUGAACAUUAUAUAUAUAUACUGAAUGUGACUAUGAACAUUAUAUAUAUAUACUGAAUGGGACUAUGAACAUUAUAUAUAUAUACUGAAUGUGACUAUGAACAUUAUAUAUAUAUACUGUAUGGGACUAUGAACAUUAUAUAUCACCUUCAUCUAGAGCUUGGAAAGUGGGACCUCCAUCUUUAUCCACUGAGACCUAAGCCAGGAGUCAACAACCCAACAUGUUGAAAGAGCCACAUUGGAUCAAAAAUACAGAAAACUAAUCCGUCUGGAGACACAAAAAAUGAAAAGUCCUAUUUAAGUGUAAUAAUGAAGGAAACACUUGAUGUUGCUGUCGAUGUUAGCCUACUAUCAAAAUGACGUGUGUCGCAGGCUGAAGAAAGUUUGUUGACAGAAAUGUUGAAAUGUAAUAUUUAUUCUACACAUUUUUGCAACUUUGGAAAUAAUUGGUAAAAUGGAGGCUUCUGUCAGGAUGAAAUAACUUCUGGAAAUGAGUGUCUCAGAAUGUCCAAAGGUCUGUCUUCUUCUAAUAUAUUUCUUGCAAUCUUUGCAAGCUAUGUAAGGUUUGCUGUGGUCUGGAACAACAUGGCACACAACUAUGAGAAGUGAAGCCAAUAUUACAUACAGAUAAUGUGUCAUGCAAAUAUAAAUGAUAUACAGAGAGGAUAAGAAUAAAGUAUAUUAAAUGAUCUCAAAUAUAACAACAAA